CGUCGCCUCGUGCAGCAGCCGGCCGGGCCGCCGCGCGCCCGGGGAGCCGGCCCCGUGAGCGCAGGAGUAAACACCGGCGGAGUGUGGGAGCCGCUGCAGAAGGGAAUAAAGAGACAUGCAGGGAUUUGUGAGGUUACGGCGCCCCAGCUGCAGGAUGCACUAGCCGGCUGAAGCCGGGGCGGGUUGACUUGUUGGAACCGUAGUGCUCUGCACGGGAGUGUGGAUGAGUUGAAGUUGCUUUCCCCGGGCUCGUUCUCCACGCCGCCGAGAGGAAUCCAAGCGGCGAGGCAGGCACUUCGUCUUGCCAUUGAUUGGGUAUCGGGAGCGUUUUCUUCACCGUUCUCUUUCUUUUUCCUCCGUCUUGUUGCAUGCAAGAAAAUUACAGUCCGCUGCUCGCCCGCCCUGGGUGCGAGACCUUCUGCCCGGCUCUCUCCCGUGCAUUGUGCAGCCCAAAGAUGAAAGACCGAAGGGGAGAAAGUUAAAGAAAUCGCCCACAUGCGCUGGAUCAGUCCACGGCUUGGGGAAAGGCAUCCAGAGAAGGUGGGAGCGGAGAGUUUGAAGUCUUUACAGGCGGGAAGAUGGCGGACUGGAGCUGAAAGUGUUGAUUGGGAAACUUGGGUGAUUCUUGUGUUUAUUUACAAUCCUCUUGACCCAGGCAGGACACAUGCAGGCCAAAAAACGCUAUUUCAUUCUGCUCUCAGCUGGCUCUUGUCUCGCCCUUUUGUUUUAUUUUGGAGGCGUGCAGUUUAGGGCAUCGAGGAGCCACAGCCGGAGAGAAGAGCACAGUGGUCGGAAUGGCUUGCACCAGCCCAGUCCGGAUCAUUUCUGGCCCCGCUUCCCGGACGCUCUGCGCCCCUUCUUUCCUUGGGAUCAAUUGGAAAACGAGGAUUCCAGCGUGCACAUUUCCCCCCGGCAGAAGCGAGACGCCAACUCGAGCAUCUACAAAGGCAAGAAGUGCCGCAUGGAGUCCUGCUUCGAUUUCACCCUUUGCAAGAAAAACGGCUUCAAAGUCUACGUCUACCCGCAGCAGAAAGGGGAGAAAAUCGCCGAAAGUUACCAAAACAUUCUAGCGGCCAUCGAGGGCUCCAGGUUCUACACCUCGGACCCCAGCCAGGCGUGCCUCUUUGUCCUGAGUCUGGAUACUUUAGACAGAGACCAGUUAUCACCUCAGUAUGUGCACAAUUUGAGAUCCAAAGUGCAGAGUCUCCACUUGUGGAACAAUGGUAGGAAUCAUUUAAUUUUUAAUUUAUAUUCUGGCACUUGGCCUGACUACACCGAGGACGUGGGGUUUGACAUUGGCCAGGCGAUGCUGGCCAAAGCCAGCAUCAGUACUGAAAACUUCCGACCCAACUUUGAUGUUUCUAUUCCUCUCUUUUCUAAGGAUCAUCCCAGGACAGGAGGGGAGAGGGGUUUUUUGAAAUUUAACACCAUCCCUCCUCUCAGGAAGUACAUGCUGGUAUUCAAGGGGAAGAGGUACCUGACAGGGAUAGGGUCAGACACCAGGAAUGCCUUAUAUCACGUCCAUAACGGGGAGGACGUCUUGCUCCUCACCACUUGCAAGCACGGCAAAGACUGGCAAAAGCACAAGGAUUCUCGCUGUGACAGAGACAACACGGAGUACGAGAAGUAUGAUUAUCGGGAAAUGCUGCACAAUGCCACUUUCUGUCUGGUUCCUCGUGGUCGCAGGCUUGGGUCCUUCAGAUUCCUGGAGGCUUUGCAGGCUGCCUGUGUCCCUGUGAUGCUCAGCAAUGGAUGGGAGUUGCCAUUCUCCGAAGUGAUUAAUUGGAACCAAGCUGCCGUCAUCGGCGAUGAGAGAUUGUUAUUACAGAUUCCUUCUACAAUCAGGUCUAUUCAUCAGGAUAAAAUCCUAGCACUUAGACAACAGACACAGUUCUUGUGGGAGGCUUAUUUUUCUUCAGUUGAGAAGAUUGUAUUAACUACACUAGAGAUUAUUCAGGACAGAAUAUUCAAGCACAUAUCACGAAACAGUUUAAUAUGGAACAAACAUCCUGGAGGAUUGUUCGUCCUACCGCGGUAUUCCUCGUACCUGGGAGAUUUCCCUUACUUCUAUGCUAAUUUAGGUUUAAAGCCCCCCUCCAAAUUCACUGCAGUCAUCCAUGCUGUGACACCCCUGGUCUCUCAGUCCCAGCCAGUGUUGAAGCUUCUCGUGGCUGCCGCCAAGUCCCAGUACUGUGCCCAGAUCAUAGUUCUGUGGAAUUGUGACAAGCCCCUACCAGCCAAACACCGCUGGCCCGCCACCGCUGUACCCGUCAUCGUCAUUGAAGGAGAAAGCAAGGUUAUGAGCAGCCGGUUUCUGCCCUAUGAAAAUAUCAUCACAGACGCUGUGCUCAGCCUUGACGAGGACACUGUACUCUCGACGACCGAGGUGGAUUUUGCCUUCACCGUGUGGCAGAGCUUUCCCGAGAGGAUUGUGGGGUAUCCCGCACGCAGCCAUUUCUGGGAUAACUCUAAGGAGCGGUGGGGAUACACAUCCAAGUGGACGAACGACUACUCCAUGGUGUUGACAGGAGCUGCUAUCUACCACAAAUAUUAUCACUACCUGUACACCCAUUACCUGCCAGCCAGCCUGAAGAACAUGGUAGACCAACUGGCCAAUUGUGAGGACAUUCUCAUGAAUUUCCUGGUGUCUGCUGUGACAAAAUUGCCUCCAAUCAAAGUGACCCAGAAGAAGCAGUAUAAGGAGACAAUGAUGGGACAGACUUCCCGGGCUUCCCGCUGGGCUGACCCUGACCACUUUGCCCAGCGACAGAGCUGCAUGAACACGUUUGCCAGCUGGUUUGGCUACAUGCCGCUGAUCCACUCUCAGAUGAGGCUAGACCCAGUCCUCUUUAAAGACCAGGUCUCCAUUCUGAGGAAGAAAUACAGAGACAUUGAACGGCUUUGAGGGAUCCCACUGCGUGGGGGAGGGGAAGAAGAUGGGACUGAGUCCAGCUGCUCUCCCUUCCCAGUGCAGAUCCGUUCAUCGAGGGAGCCAGACUGUGCCAAGUAUCAAAAAAAAAAAAAAAAAUUUAAAAAAAAAACAAACCUUAGAUGAACACAAUGACAAGAGUAGCAAAGGCCAGUGAGAACUCAGCUGGAAUCCUGGCUCCUGGGACUGCACCAGACUGCUCCAUUCACCUCACUGGCUUCUGUGUCCCACGACUAGGUUGUGUACAGUUUAAUUAUGGAACAUUAAAUAAUUAUUUUUGAAAUGAUUGCUAUGCAGGUUUAAACUUUUUUAAUGAUCAAAACUAUUAAAAACCAGAGUUCUUUCUUUAAUCAAAAUUGUGUUGGUUGUGAAUGUUUCCAAGCUGCUGCUCCCUUCGCUCCGGACAUCCAUUGCCCGGGUCCCCCAGGCUUUCAUGCCGUGACAGACACAGAUGUCAUGGGAGCACAAUCAGUUUAUUGGUCAUAGUGUCAGCAGAGAACGGGGCAUACACUAAGAUGGGGUCAUAGUCUAAUUUUACCAGUGCAAAUUGUAUGCUCAUAUCCCCCUUGGUCUCUAAAAUAUUGCCGCAUGAGAGAAAGUAUUGACUCCAGUUCGGCAGUCCUAACUAAAAGCUUUUGGUCAGAGAUGCUAUAAAGAAUCAUAAUCUUUUUAUGUGUGUGUGGGGAUUAGUAUCGAACAAAGCUUAGUAGAUUUCAGAAUUGCAUAAGACACCAAACAACCCACCAGCAUGUUGGUGAUGGAAAUAGUUCUCCCACAGCUGAAACCCAGUACUUCCUAAUGGUUGACAUGUAUGUUCAACCACUCACCCAGAUAUCAGAUGAUCUGGGGAACCCUAUGCUUUAGAGGCCGAGGGCGGGGGAUGAGUUCAUAUUAUUUACAAGACAAGCAAACGGUUUAAUGUUUGUGGAAAAAGUCAAGUUGCAAAAUCUUCUGUUGAGGAAAAAAGUGAUUGUGUAUAACUCCACAUCAUUUAACAGGAGGAUGCUGGGAAGUCACUGAGGGUGUGCCUUGCCAUGGAAUUCUUAUCCCAGUUUCGGUUAAGCAUUGUUUUAAGCAAAAAUUUGGCAAUCAAAUUAAUCAAAAACAAAUGUGUGAAGAAGACUUCUUUGGGUUUUGAAACAUGGAAGGAAAUUUAGUUGUGCUUCAUGUUAAAAAAAAAAAAACAACAACAACAAUACUUUGACCCCCACAAAGGCGGUCUUCAGUUUGUGAUGCUGGAGCAUUAAGAACGCACACACAUACAAUGCCACGAAGCAGCUCCCCACGAAACAUGGAGGCUUCUGGCAUUAAAAGUCUGUUUCUACUUGAAAGAGCCCGAACAGGAUGAGGUGUAGCUAGAUGAUUGGGGAACUACAGAGUAAUCCAAGGGUGCUUUAGUUUCAUUUUUCUCCAUGAACCCUCAAACAUUUUAUGCAUUCACUUCAGAUUUCCUCUUAGAAACAUUCAUCUGGCCCAGGUCAGUACACACCAGAUAAAUCCAGUGGCCUCAAAUUCAUCCCUUCUUUGUAGACAUAAGGAGAGAAAGGAACCAGCCUAUUAUCUUGGAGGCGGUGCUGUGCACUAGAUUGGAUGUAGGUGUUUGCUGAGGUCCUGUGCAGUGACUCCAUUGCCUGCCCAGCCACAGAGCAGGGACCAGAGCCAUGUUGUGAGCCGUGCAUUGGCUCGGAAGUCCACUCAGAAGGGACUUUUCUGCAACUUCGCGGCCCACAAACACCUCUGUACACAACUCACUCAUCAUGUGUGACCCAUCCUUAGCCUUCUUUCAAACAUCGGCCGUUCCUUAAGUAGAUGUGAUGUAUCUUUAAGUAUUUCUCCAUAUAUAAUUCUGAGGUUCACAGUGUCUGCCAAUGAAACGCUCCCCAGCUACUUCCUAUGACCUGCAAUUCUUAGCAUGUUAAAGGGUGAACAGCGAAUCACAUUUGCAUAUUGGUAUUUAAAAUGGGGAACUUUUCAGAACGGCAGUAUGACGCCUGUCUUUCUCCUUUCCAAACAUGGAUGUAACAUUUUUGUUCAGCCACCACAAGCUAACCUGAAACCGAAGUUGUCGCCUUGGCUCGCAAAGCAGCGUCCCUCAUUGUACCAGUCACUCCCAUGAGUGGAUUCGGGGAACUGCCUUUACAGGUGUACCUGUGACAACGCUCACAGGGCACACCGUCCCCACAAGUAACAUGCCGUAAUUACAAUCGAGAACAGGGACCGGCACACUUUUCAUCCCCUUUAAAUCUCCACGGUUGCGUUUUCUGUCAUUCUCCUGAGUAAUUCUCUCUGGGAUGCCGGCUAGCAUGUUCUUCUCCCAUUUGGAAGCUACAGCUGGGGAUUGAACAAUGCUAAGCAAAUCAGUGAGGCCCAACAGCAAGAUGUAAUUUUAAUUCUCCGAGGAAAGAGUUGUAGAUUGCAUUGCAGCAAGUUGACAAAUCAUGGCCAUUGCUGUAGGAUGUCAGGAGUUAUCUCUCAGCUGGCUCUAAUGAUAACCAGGGGUCCCUAAGUGGGCCAACAUGUGUUGAGUUGGUGAGAUGCCAAGGGCAGAGAGUAUAGCACAAACCGUCUAAUGAAUUGCAUGAAGAGAUUCCAUAGAGGACUCAGCCACGUAUGAUAUUCACACAUUUUUUCCCAACCCUACAUUAGCACCUGUGUUCUUCCGAAUAAGUGUUUUAAAAGUUGACUGUGUUUAUAUGAAAAGACCGAGAUAGCCAUCAAGGUUGACAGGUACAUUGUGUUUUAAGCAUGUCACUUUUGUUGGCAAAAUGACAAAAAUGACCCAAAGUUGAGACUGUAGAGAAAAAAAAAUUCAUGCAAUAAUCCUUGUAGUCGUGUUACAAACCACAACACAGCGAGGCGGGCGUACCAAGGGAUGUGGGCCUAUGUCUCAGAGAUGCUGCCGCCGAAGAAAGGGAAAUCUCGUACCUAUUCUAGUGUGCAUUGCAGUUUAACUUCUUCUUCCAAAUGGUGCUCACAGAAGGACCAAUCCCAGCGGAGUCCUUCAGUUUCCCUUUUGAAAGUGAUUUUUGCUUUUCAUUACAGUAGGCUAUGUUAGCCUUUAUUCUGGUGGUUCUCAAAGUCCUGGUGACUUGAAGGAAUCUUGUGCCGGUGGCCUUUCAUAAAGGCUGCCGAACUUUAAUUUAAUCAGGGGUGAGAUGAGUGGUGUGAGCAGACCUAUGUACUAUA